AUGUGUUGCAUUGUUGAAAGGUUCCUCAAGGAUCGUGAAGUGAGCUGGACUGCCAAGGUAGACACUGCGAUGAUAUCGCCUACGCUUGCCUUUGACGAGGCACGCGAGGUAUGUGCUGAUGUAUGUGCCCUGUUUUCUGGCGCCAGCGUCGACAUUCAGAUGCCGUCGACUACGUGGGCGGAUCAGGGCAACGAGGCACGUAUUCACUAUGAUGAAUAUGUACGCGUGUACGUCAUGCUUCGUCUUCCUCCUUUGCCCAGUCGACUUCCACCAUCGGACGACGACGUUUCCAGAGACGUAUGGGACAAGAAGACGCGUAGUAGUGUCCCGUCGAUGCUGACAUCGCUCUUAGAAUCGCUCCACCUUUCGUUAGAAGGUACGCUCAACAAAGAACAGCCUAUUGUUCUAUUUCGACAUCAAUGGCAAGGUAUGAGCGCCCAAUCUUCCUUUGUCCUAGAACCAUCCAAUCUAGGCUGGACCGAUGAUGUAUCUGAUGCAAACAAGCCCACGCCGCUCCAAGAUGAGCGUCAUACCCCCGGGAUCGUGUAUGAUUCCCAGCAAAAAUCGUGGGCUGUGUGCUGGACAAGCGAUAUUCGUGUCUCUUUCGGGGAGGCCAAGCUGCCCACUGAGACUCUAUGUUUGCGCGCCGAGUGGGAUGUCCGCCUGGAUCUGGCGCGAUGGGUCUCGGAAGCACGCGUACCACCGCCCCAAACGCCGUUCCAUUACACGUCCAAUGAGCUUCACCCGUUUACUCAUGCCCAAGAUCCGUAUAUGAUCGAUGUGGACCUGCUUUCUGAGUGGGCAGAUGGGGUGAAGCUCCCUGAUGAGACGCCAGAGCAGCGGCAUCGACACAUUUCCAAGCAGCUCACGAUGCUUCCCGCAUCCAUGCUCGCGCGCCACGCUGUAGGUACGCCAUUAAUUGCUCCAUGGAGUGAAGCUCUGGCCCUGUCGGACCGCCUUCGGCAGGCGAAGGAAAUGGAAUCCGUCGCUUUGGCGCAAGAUGAAGACAUUGCGUUGUCUACUCUCUCUGCGUCGUCUCCGGCAGCUAUGUCGUCCACGACGAAAGACGCAUUGACGAUCGCCUCGACACUCGAUAUCCCUGCCUUGGCCAGUGCUGGCCACAUUGUGUUGCGUCGGAAUGCAGAGAUGCUGACCAGAGUCAGCUCGACCAUUCAUGUACGAAUGCGGACGUUGCAUCGCACGAUACCGCUGGGUGACGAUGGUCGUGAGCGUGGUGUGCUUGUUGCUGUGGAGCUGGACAAUACAUCGAAGGAGUCUACGUACUGUGUUCAUGCACUAACCAUUGAUAUUGGCGAAUCGGUGCAUGCAGCAGAGUCGAUGUCGUUUGUGCCAUUGUACUCCUCGGUGGUCCGCCCGAUAGUACAGCUGCUCCCUGGCUCGCCCUCCUCCUUCCCUAUGGAGCUGGGACCGCACGCUCAGUACAAUCUGCUGUACACAGUGCAACUGGCGUGUGUAUGCAAAGACCCUGCGGAGAUAACCAAAGCGUUAUCGACAUGGCAUCCACGCCGAAUGACACGCGUCACGCUCCAUGGAACGCCUGAGCGGCAAACCUCGGCGCCGUCCAGCACGUGUAUAUCGCAGUGGAAUGGUGCCAUUGAUCUGUCCCUGGCGCAACUGGAUGGCCAGCGCGAGGCCUUUGCAGCCAAUGUGGUGUAUCGCGCGAUUGGUGCGUCGCCUCAACCGUCUCGAAAAGAGGCGCGAGAAGGGGCGUCAAUUGGCCGGUUGUCCAAGACAGCCAGUGCACUAGCUGCCUCUUUGCAAGGGCCAGCGCCUCCACCUAAGCCCAGCAUGCCGUUAUCGCAGGCUGGCCCCUCGCAAGCGCCGUUGUUCAAGGGACAAGAUGUGGUACCAGUACCACGCACACCGUCGCCUACCUAUGCCAGUCCGUUGCAAGACGCCCAGCAACGUGCGGCGGCCAUGCACUCGUCCUCGUCCUCCACCUCGACGGAGGGCAGUAUGGCCUUGGCGCGUCGUGCUGUCGGCUGGGAUGCUGCUCCCUCGCAGGGCAUGGUGUUUGACCCCAUGCACGUCCAAACCUUUGCGUCCGCCGUGCUCGCUACUAUACAUGUGGAUACCAGUGCGUCGGAUCGCGGCUGUGCAUUAAUCCAUGUACAUAUGUCGUUCUUUAAUGUAUCGUCGAAGGAUAUGGAUGUCGAAGUGACAUGGCUCGAUACACAUACACGACCAGGCACACUGGUCCCGGAGACCCAUCGACUUCGUUUGGGCCUGAUCAACCCUGCGAUGAGCCGCAGUGCCGAAUUCCGUUUGCAUGCCAUGGAGCCUGGCUAUCAUACACUGGGCCAUGUGUCUGUGAUGGACCAGGUGACAGGGGGACGAUGCCUACUCCAGCAUGUGGGAUCGCGGUACAUUGACCAAGGGCUGCUCGCCUAG